UUAUCCGGUGUUGCCUUUCAAAAUAAAUCUGCGUGCAGAGGGUUUUUCGUUUGACACGAAAAGAACUGAGUGCAGUGUUUUCAACAAGGUUGGUUGAUGCUCUAAAAUAAUCUACUCAAGUAAGAGUGCAUUUUCUCAAUUAUUUUUAACGUUGGAUUAAUCCUAAAUUUUUUUUUAUUGCUUUAUUAAAAGGAUCUCUUGGAUAGGAAAUAAGAAUAAUGUGAUAUCCCCCAUUUUGCCACUGUGAAGAAAACCUUUCCCUAAAAUCUUUACACACCCUCUUAGUAACUGUUUACUGAUGUUUCGUUAUCUCAAAAUACCGUGAAAAAACGAAUAAAUAACGGUGUAUUAUAACUGAAUCAGAGUCAAGAAAUUAUAUAAAAGCGUUUAAAAAAAUUUAAAUCGAUUCAGUUGAAUCAUCAUAAAAUUGUUCAACCAUAGACGGUAGUAUAUACAGUCUAUGUACUCAACAGAGCACAAUGACAGUAGUAGUCCUGAUUGUUCUAUUGGUCAGAAAAGAACAGUUUGUCCAACUGUGUGCUUUUAUUUUGAAAGUCGGUUAUACUAUUUCCUCUUUCCGCUGUAUCUUUUUCUUUCUAACUUAAUGCUGUUGGAAAAAGUGUGUCUAUGAGGCUGGCUAGCGGACAAGCAGCCAUAAACCUGAACUCGCUGCCCCAUCUGCUGGAAAAAGGACAGCAGUGCAGAUGUUUCCCUGGAAGCUUCACUGAAACUGUUAGACAUAAACAAAAGCUAUUGCCACACUGUCACUGAGUUACUGGCACAACUGUCUAACUCUUCCUAAGUGUGUGAAAACCAACCUCCCCCUAUACUGGCAAACAUUUCUCUUAAUAUGUUGCAUUUCUUUGCACUUGCAGGAAGAGAGUUAUUCAUCUGCUUCACCUCUCCUUGCCUUCCUGGUGCAGACUUAUGCCCAUUAAGAAGCAAUGGCUUGUUGUUACAGUGUACACCAUGAGGGAUGCCAUGUUGCAGACAGCAGCUAGGACACUACAGUGACUGACAGAGCACAAUUCACCAAAUGCCAGACUCACACCUUACAGUAUAAUAAUGCAUGCAUUCAGAGAGGCCCAUUUACUAUUUCUUGCUGUUCACACCAAUCAAUCACAGCAGGCCAAGUGCACCUCCAUGCCAAUGGGAUAUCUCUUUGCUCCAGUUGUCCCAACUGUCCCUGACUGUACCCCCUAUUCGUAGACCAUAUGUUUUUUCCAACUAUGCCUGCUCCUGAUUUCUUAUCCAAAACUGUAACUCUCUCUAAAGUCCAGUUAAGUUUUUAUGACUGUUUUCCUGUGUCUACAAAGUUAUUGUCAUGCAAAUGGAAGAUGCAGUGUCAUGAAAUGUGCAAUUCUAAGUGUUUAAAGUUGCUGUCCAGCACACCUUCUUGGGCUCUAUUUUGGUGCUUCGCCGGAGAUCUGCCGCAAGCGCAGCGUCAAUCAGAUCCGCCGCGCUGACAAGGCGUUCCCAAGCACAUUUUGGUAUUUUGGUGGGCCGCGCAGCCCGGCGUAAGUAUCCCCCCUCCCUAACUCAGCUCCUCCCAGCAGCAUACGUCGUGGGGGGAAGGAGAGUGGGUGUGAAGUGGGUUUAACACAGCCGAGUCCAAUUUGCGCCAAUCAAAUAACCGCCUCUCCUCACCUUUAAAUCCGCCGUCGGCGAGGCGCAUUGGCAUUUUCGUGCAGCAGACUCACAGAUGGCCGAGAUGGAAACGAGUGCGAGACAGCCGAACUUCUCUCAGGAGGAAACUGAUGCUCUGGUCCGGGAGGUCCAGUCUCGCAGUGGCCGGAUAUACGGUCACGCGAACAGACCUCCACGGGUCGAUGAUGCAAAAGCAGCCUGGGAAGAGGUAAGUGCUGCUGUCAAUCAAGUUUGCCCGGACGUGCUGAGAACCGCUGCGCAAUGCAAAAAGCGGUUCAAUGAUGUUAGACGACGGGCUAAACUUAAAUUAUCCCAACACCGUCGCCAGACUGCAACGACCGGAGGCGGCCCCUCAACGAGUGUGGUGCUGAGCCCUGCGGAGGACGUGGCGUCCUCCACACUCCCCAAAAUUAGUAUCGAGGGGUUUGGUGUCUCUGAGGUUGGACUCACGGGUAAGACAAACAUUCUUUUCCACAAAUAAAGACACUAACAUGUAUAUUUAACCACGUGUUACUAAGGUGUGUUGUGUGCACAGGUGAUCUGAAAAAAUGCCAUGCGUAAUGGGAUUGAAAUCGGAACCACCUGUGCGUAAAGACGGAUCAAACAAAGCCUGAUUGUAUUUUCUCCCCCUUUCCGCUAAUGUUUGCAUCUGAAAUGAACUUUGCUCACACAAUUUCUAACUUCUUUAUUCUAAAUGAAAGUAUUAACAUUUUUAAAAAAAGAAUUUCUGUGAUUUACUAAAAUAAAAUUUCUGGUCAGCCUCGGCAGAAUUGCCGCCGUCGCGGCAGCAGCACACCACAAGGGAGGAGGAGGAGGAGGAGGAGGAGGAAAGAACAGCAGCAGCAGGUGGUCGGGGGGAGGAGAAGGAGGGAGAGGACGAAGACGACCGCGAGGAGGAGGACCAGGGGGAGCCGGAGCCGGUGCCGGAGACGCGGGAGGGGACAGGACGUGGAGACGAGCCGGCAACACGGGGUCGGAGACGAAACCGCGUUCAGCGGGAGGACCAGCCCUUCCUGGACACCCAGCGGGCUGGUUUUCUGAUGUUGGAGAGGGAGCUGGGGUCGAUGGGGACGCGGCUUGGGUCGCUGGAGGCCCAGGUAAAGGCUCUCCAGGAGGUCCUCCAGGCCAGCCUGCUCCCCUUAGCAGCUGGCGUUGCGACACUGCAGCGGCUGGUCCAGGUAGCCGAAAGGCUGCUGCCACCAGCAGAAUCAUCCGCCCCCGCCUGUCCCAGGUGGCCGCUGAGGCCGCGCACAAGAGGGGGGCGGCCCCCUGGGUUGACUGACCGACUGCAGCGUCCAGACCCAAGAGGAGGAGGAGGAGGAGGAGGAAGAAGAAGAAGAAGGGGGGUUGGGAGGGGAGAAACACAAUAA